AUGGAUUUGAUGAACUUCAGCAGAGACUCAGGUUGUUUGAGCCCACAGCUCCAUGGUACGGACUUCAGCGCCGCUCUCUACAGCGAGUUUCUUUGGAUAACUAAUGAAAACCUGCCCCAUCUCUUCUAUGGCUCGCUUGAUAAAUACGCACCAAAACUCAUUGAGCUUUACAAAAAGAAGAGAUCAGGUCCCUGGGGGGAAAAGAUGGAACAUCUUCUGACAGUUUAUGAACAGGAGAAGAAUGACAUAAAUGUCAUUAGAACAGUAGCCCUGUCCGGCCUAAUAAUCCAUUUGAAGGAGGACUCAUCUGAUCUCUUCCGGAUAUGCAAGGACGAAAUGGAUUUUCAAGAGGGAACUGUUGCACUUGUGGCUAUGGCUGAUGAUGUCCCAGGCGGUGUUCCAUUCUCCACUCAACAAGUCUUCAUUGUGCUCGAGGACCAGGUUGUAAUGUCCAGCACAUCAUGGACUGGUGCUCUUGUGUGUUUGUUUGGGUUGAUUUAUGCUCUGCAUCUGAGCUACCCGGAGAAGUGCAUUGGCUUUUUUGAGUUCAUUCAAGUGAUUCUUUUAAAACUACACAAUGAUAGACGGCAGCUUAAAUCAAAACUGCAGUCACUUCAAAAUGUGUUAAAUGAAUAG